AUAUGUGUACAUUUCCGCCGAAUCAAAAGGAGUACACUAUAAGCCGAUGUGGAGGGUUGACGACAUGAACUGCUGCCCCGACAACGACGACAGUGAUGAUGAUCCGUGGCACUCCCCGCAGUCAGUGCAGCAAAGACAGUUACUCGGACGCCACUACAGGGCUGGAGCAGAACCAGACCAGAUCUUCACCAUCCAGGUGUACGACAUCAGAAACACCAAUCAGGUCGUCCCGGCAAAGUACGAGUCGUUCCCUAUCGACAGGACCUCAAGCUGUACCAGCACCACAGGUCACAUCCGGUCCAUAGCAGACAGGUAUGGGGUACCUCUGGACACCAUCUACACAGACCGGAGGGAGACCGAGGCGGUGAUUUAUGACGACCGUGACCUUCAUCUUGUGUUCAUUGAUGUCAGAGCUCAGGAUUACAGAGCUCCUUCGUCCAACUACACAGAACAAGGCUGUGUAGGCAUUGGUCCCAAGCGAACUGUUGCUUUCUUGAAGAAACUGAUUUGUCAAAGUGAAAAUUUUCAAGUUGGUGAAAACGUUGGUUUGUUUUAUAGCAAACUACGCUUAGAUGAUGAUGCAGCUAUUGGUGCGUGUGUGAAGUUCGGGGAUCAUUUGCUUUGUGUUGAUGAAUUGAAUUUACAGGUUUCGUGCUUCCAUCGUCCGAAGCGGCAAGUUGAGAAUAAGUAUAUACUGAACUGUUUGAAUACCGCCAAUGUUGGGGAAAUUAGGAACAGGUUCAGGGAAACGUUCCAGGAGGACUUUCCGGGACUUCAAACUGGAGCUGAGGGUAUCUGGUUUACACAGGGGAAGAAUGUCCUCAAAGACAAAGACUUUCUGUUCAUCACCACUUCACUUCGGCAACAGUUACAGGAUAGAGGGAGGAUGGUGGUUCACGUAAAGCCACCAACAUGCUUCCCAGUUGUAAUCAAACUCCUGGGCUCGAACUCGAAAGAGGCUGUCCACCACGUCCUCGUCGUGCCACCAGACAUCACUUCCUCCGAGUUUAGGUGCGAGGCCUCCAUUCUGGUUGAACAUCCGCCAAACGCCCUUCAUUUACUCAUAAACAACAGAAAGCUAAGAAAGUCUACGAUGAUAGAGGAAACUGGGUUUGUUCCGAAUUGCACUGUAAGUGUUACAGUUGCUAAGAAGAUUGCUGUGAACAUAUGCAUCGAUAUGGGCAUGUCAAUUCUGAAGAACGUUCAGGUGAAGUUGUACAAAUUAGACACAGUCUCAGAUCUGAAGAGGCUUCUCUCUAGACAAAUACAUGUUAACCCAGCCAACCUCCAGAUGUUCUUUGAGGACAAGGAAGUCAUCAAUGAAAGACAGUUGAUGGAGUAUCGCAUACGAGACGGUGAUACGCUGCUUGCUGUGCACUUCCAGGAUUCUAUCCAUCUCAUGAUUCGCCAACCAGGUAUUCCGCCAUCUUGUUUGACUGUGGAGAAUUUUAGACUAUGCAAAGUCAAAAAGGUUAAGACGUUUCUAGCACAGGUUCUGAAGACAAACAGCGAAAAUGUGAAUAUAAUUCAUAUGGGAAGAUGCUUAGGAGAGGACGUCAGCCUUGGGGACGCUGGGUUGUUUUCGGAGGACACACUGUUGAUUCCAAGGGUCAUCCAGGACGAUUCCAGAGAAGAAGAGGUGAAAAGGGUCUUCGUUUCCACGUGUGACGGAACAGUGCGAGUCACGAUGGCAGUUCUCAGGGCAGGCGUAACAUUUUAUGCACCAGAUGGCAUCUCAGUCCAACGUAUUGAAGAACAGUUAUCUACCAGACGCAGCAGAAACUGGUCACAAGGAUUGAUGCUAGGAAGCAUACUGUUGUCCAGGUCAUCACCGAGAGGAUCUUCCUCUAGCAUCCAGUCCUUACAGCAGAGCUUCAGAACACUCUUUGAGGCAUCCACCGAGUCUGAAUCAAGUCACACCGAGAAGUCACCUUGCAUCCAACUCCACAGUAGUCCUGACACGUCAAAGUCCAAAAGGAUGCUGAAUCGUCCCUCACAGAAACUGACCCUCCCUGGCCACCAUUCCGAACCAGACAGCACAGCCUUAAAACGGUUCACCUUGUGCAAGGAGCUUGCACAGGAGGGUGACAAGCUUAUGUUCCGAGAGUCGUCCUUGUAUGAGGAAGACGUAUCUCAAGGUGGCUCCGACAGACGAUUCCCGUCUUCGGAGCACACAGUCAACCCCACGUCCCCUGACGUUGACGUAUCCGACACUGAUACUCCCAGGUUCUUCCGAUCACCUAGUCUUCUGUUUCCGCCACAAGCCAUACCAAACUCUAUCCUAGAAGGUGUCUCUCUCGAACUAGGUCACACUUGGAAGAGGGUUGCACUAAUACUCGGGAUGUCUCACUCAGACCUGGAAAACCUGGAAUAUCGUCACCAUGGUAACCUACACGAGCAGGCCCUACAGGCUCUGCUGCUAUGGAAACAGCGUGAAUCGAAGAAGGCGACCGUAGCUAAACUGAAAGAUGCCUUGAAAGAAUGUGGUCUGACCCUAGUUGCAGACGCCAUCAAUGAAAACAUCAAAUAUGAAACAACAUGAACUAUACAAUUGCGACAUGCUAUGGAAUCCUCAUCUAAAACGCACACACUUUCAUAUUGAUUAAUAAUAUAAAGUCAUCCUGAGUACCGUAUUCGAAGUAAUAAGCGCCAAGGGCGCGCUCGAAAUUAGUAAUAGGGGGCUCUUAUUAGAAUAUUACUUUGGUGAAAAAAAACAGAAUUGAAAGAUAAAUUUCGUGGAUUAUGCUGACAGCCUGAAAUGUUU